GUGCUGUGGAGUCUGUGGCUGCGGAGCUGAGCCGGGAUCUAGGGGGGAGGAGGUGGAGGGCUCCUGUCCGUUAUUGGUCAUUUCUUGGAUUAUUACACGUCUACGGAAUACGACAACGACUGCAGUCGCGGGGUCUCCAGUAAAGGACUACGACAUGCCUUCGAACGCCAGCUACCAGAGUCGGAACUACGACCUGGACUAUGACACUAUGCAACCCGUCUUCUACUUCGAGGAGGAAGAGAAUUUCUACCAGCAGCAGUACAACCGUCUGCAGCCUCCAGCCCCCAGCGAGGACAUCUGGAAGAAGUUUGAGCUAUUGCCCACCCCACCGAGGUCCCCGAGCCGUAGAUCCAGUCUGUCCAGCCUUUUUCCGUCUACUGACCAGCUGGAGAUGGUCACGGAGUUCCUGGGAGGGGACAUGGUGAAUCAAAGCAUCAUCUAUGACCAGGAAGACGAGACGUUUGUCCAGUCCAUCAUCAUUCAGGACUGUAUGUGGAGUGGCUUCUCUGCGGCGGCCAAGCUGGAGAAAGUGGUGUCUGAAAAGCUGGCGUCUUACCAGGCUUCUAGGAAGGAGAGUAGUAUGCCCUCCCAAAACCAGCAGCCAAGCCCACAGAAGUCAACUACUGCUACUACCUGCCAGGGUAACCUCAGCCCCAUAGGAACCAGUAGGACCAGCAGUGGAUACCUACAGGAUCCAAGUUCUGAAUGCAUAGACCCUUCGGUGGUUUUCCCUUACCCGUUGAAUGAUGCCAUGUCCAAAGUUGGCUCUCCGUGCUUGGUACAGGAGCUCAAUAUGGAAACGCCACCCAUCAGCAGCAGUGGCUGCAGCUCCGAAUCUGAAGAAGAAGAACAAGAUGAGGAUGAAGACGACGAGGAGGAGGAAGAGGAGGAGGAAGAAGAAGAGAUCGAUGUGGUCACCGUAGAGAAACGCUUCACCGCCUCCAAGAAAAACGACUCCUACUCCCACCAGUCCAGAACCCACCACAGCCCCCUGGUCAUGAAAAGGUGUCACGUACCCAUCCACCAGCACAACUACGCAGCCCCUCCUUCUACCAGAGCGGACUAUCCUUCCUCCAAAAGGGCCAAGCUGGAAAGCAACGGCCGGGUCCUCAAACAGAUCAGCAACAACCGCAAGUGUUCCAGCCCCAGGUCGUCGGACAGCGAGGAGAACGACAAGAGGCGGACGCACAAUGUCUUGGAACGCCAGAGGCGAAACGAACUGAAACUGAGCUUCUUUGGUCUCCGAGACCAGAUCCCCGAAGUAGCCAAUAACGAAAAAGCCCCCAAAGUAGUUAUCCUCAAAAAGGCGACUGAAUACGUCAUCUCCAUGCAGGAAGAUGAACGACGGCUCCUGCGGGAGACCGAACAGUUAAAACUGAAAAGAGAACAAUUGAAACAGAAACUCAAACAGCUCAAGAGCUCGAGUUUGUGAACUUUUCUAUAGAAUAUCCUAUAAGACUUUUUGUUUUUUUUUUAACUGUGACAUUCUAAUUUCAAGGUUGUCGGCUUGAAAAAAAAAUCCUAUGAGAUCUUGUAGACUAUAUGGACAAAUGCAUGCAAAGGAUUGAGACAAACUACACAACCUUGGCUUAGUCUUCGACAAAAAGAUUUUGCCAGCACCUUAAUACUGCCUCAAUAUAUGAAUGAGUAUACGGGAAAUACAGAACUUUUUUUCUGUUUUGUUUGUUUGCUUGGGGAAGCAAAUGUUUGUUUUUACAUAUCUUUGUAUUUAAAACCUUUAUUUUUCUUAUAAACCGAUUCCUGAAGUUUUUGCUCUGAAUAGCUUUACGACUCUCGACAUCGUGGCUGACGUGUCAUAAUAUCCUUAACGAAAUCUCUAUAGACGCAACUCGUAUUAAUCUUCACUUCUAACAAACCGGCAGAAAAAAGUGUGGGGGGGGGGGGGGGGGGGGGGGGCAAAAUCUUAACAUCCGCUUGGUUCCUGCCUAUCAUUAAAUGGUUUUUAUGGUUUUGUUAACUAUUUAAAUAUUAUAUUAUAAAAGUUAUUUGGUUUGAUAUUUCUAAAGUUUGAUCCGACAAAGGCAAAUUCCGAAGACGGCGCUGACCCAACAUGUUCUUUAGGUGAUUUUUGUUUUUUUUCAUGUAAAACCCACCUUCCCUUCCUCUCGAAGACGCUUGCCAUCUUGGGUGGUCUUAAAGCAGGCAUCCUCAAACUGCGGCCCUCCAGCCGUUGCAAAACUACAACUCCCAGCAUGCCCGAACAGCCUACAGCAGGGCAUUGUGGGAGUUGUAGUUUUAGAACAGCUGGAGCGCUGCAGUUUGAGGAUGCCUGUCUUAAAGGGAAAAGGGUUCACCGUUGGGUUUGUUCUCUAUAUUGAUUCUCUUAAUGAUAUUAUAACAUGCUGGCGGUAAAAAAAAAAAAAAGGUUCAUCAAAUGUCUUUUUACAGGGCUUGGUUGCUUAAAUUUAAACUUUAUAUUGGGCUGCGCCCAGGUUGGUAUAUAGCCUUUAACGUGGCAAGCUGUUUGGAAUAAGCUUCAGAAAAUAAAACAAAAAAAAAUCAAUUGAAACUUUA